GCGCCAUUUUCAGAAAAUUAAAAAAGUUUUGCUUGGUGUUUUUGGAAUGCUUUAGCUUGUACAAGUGCCAACUGGGAAUAAUGGAUGUUAAGCUUAUCCAAAGUUGUGAUGCUGGAAAACUGGAGGAACUGUUGAGUCUUGUCGAAAAAACUUCAGAGAAAGAGAUUGAUGAGUUGAUCAGGGGGGUGACCAGCAAGAAAAAGAACAGCAUUGUUGGGCUCACAAGGGCCUUGUUGACAGGAUGUAGCCAUAGUUCUGUGGUAGACUCGGACAAGUUGAUGUCUGUCUAUCGAGCAUGUAUAAAUCACGUGCAGUCAGGUGCCUGGUCUACAAAGAUUGAAUCUGAAAUUGUUGGACUAUUAAUGUUGAAAACAGAUGAGUUAAGAGCUAGUUGUCUAGCAGAGCUUGUCACAAGUUACAUUGAUGCCAUCAAGAGUGGACAGGAUCUCAACACAAAGUUCCUUGAGUUGCUGCCAAAGAUCCUGUCAUCAUUGUCCUGCCAGGAUUCAGUGCCUUAUGGAGGAGGAGAUAUGACAGGGAAGGAAUACAAGUCGCAAAUGUUAAACAAACUCUGCUCUAGCAGAUGGAAUGCAAGAAGUGCCAUACAACUCGCUGCAAUGUUAAGAGAUGUAGAUAUGACCAGUGAUGAAACAAAGUUUGCUGUCGCUAAAAUUAUUAGAAUCUUUGAUGAUAUGGAUCUUGUAGAAUUACCUCCACUCAUAUACCAACUUCUAUUAUUAUCAACCAAGGGCCACAAAAAGCAAGUGUUAAGUGGCAUCUCCUCUUUCUUUACAAAGCAAGACAAGUUGAAUGAACACAGCAGAUCUUCAUCGGCUGAUGAGAUGGAGCUCUCAGAAGGUAACCAUAGUGAUGCAUUACAACAUACGGAGGGCACUGUCAUCUUACACAUUACAUUUGCUAUAAAACAGGACCAAGAUCUGGGCAAAGAGUUUCUGAAGUACAUAAAGGCUUGUCACCAGAGUAGUCCUGAAUCUGCCCUAGCUCCGUUCAACAUAGCUCUGUGCCUCUCUAUUGCCAAAAUGCACAGAUUUCAAGAACAGAUAUUUGAUUUUCUAAAAAGUGCCAUAUUAAAGAGCUAUAAGGACCUGGAGAAACAGACUGACAGCACAUUUAUCUCUUUGAUGUUCCCAAAGCUGUCUAACACCGGAGGUCUAGUCAUGGAUACUGUUCAGAACAGCGUGCAUGGUUGGGAUGACGUGACACAGGGAUUGGUCGAGCUAGGAUUUGUGUUGAUGGAUGCCUUUGGUCCAAGAGCUGUGUUUGGAAAGAUAGAACUUGUCCUACCAGGAAGCCUCACACCAAGCCAACAUGCAUGUAACCUGGGCUCAAAGCUACUUUUACAAACAUUUAAGGUUCAUAAUCUUGUGCGUAGUGAAAUCCUGGAACAGCUGCUGAACAGAAUUGUUACCAAGACAACAGCCCCUGUAUUCCACUAUAUAGAGUUAUUGGAGAGCAUUGUUAAGUUUUCACCUCACAGUGUCCUAGAUGGACUUAACAAAGUGAGAGAGCUGUUGGAUUACCUUGCCUUACUCCCCCCUGCCUCAGCUCUGGCUAUAUUGAAGUCACUACAACCCCUGGUUAACAUUAGUACAUCUCUAAGAGACUCUCUCAAUAUGAUCCUAAGAAAGGCUAUGUUUUCUAGGCAGUUAGAUUCACGUAAGAUAGCCGUUGGUGGUUUCCUUCAACUGUUAAAGCACUCUAAGACCCUCACUGCUUUCUCAUCUAGCCAAACAAGCAGCCAGUCAUUCUCUUCUAGUCAAUCCACUGCCAGCCAGGUGCUGGUAGACAUUCACCAGAACACAACCCUAGGAAGUAAACAGCUUGUCAGCCUAGAGAUUGUAGGAAGCCUUCGGAGAUGUUUGACACAGCAAGCUGAUGUGAGGCUGUCUCUAUACCAGGGACUAUGUGACACCCUACAGAAGAAUCCAGUGCUUGGGGAACCUAUACUUCAGAUGCUCAAGGCUCAGAUGAAGGUCUACUACAAAAGUGUUGAGGAUGUUGUCCCUCCUGUAGACUUGGAGAAAUGUAUAACAGCACAGGGGGACCAGAUCAUCCUGGUUGAACCUCUGGCUCACCUAGUGUACGCCAUGCAACAGUGUGUGUUACAUGUUGAGGAUAAUGAUACAGAUGUCUAUAAUGACAUCAAUGAUAUGCUGGAUUCGCUAUCUAGACGGAUGAUUAAAAGUGAACUUGAAGACUUUGAACUGGAUAAAUCAGCAGACUUCUCCUUGAACACAGGUGUUGGUGUCAAAAAUACAAUAUUCGCCAUCUUAGUCCUGGGCUUGCUAGAGUCACUAUGUCAGUAUAAUUUCUAUGUGGAGGGACAUAGCACUGAAAGAUUCCAGCAGAUUGUCGACUUAUUUGCCAACUAUCAAAGAUUGAUCCGUCUUACCAAAGAGAAAGAGAAAAAAUCUUCAGGAAAAUCACCAACCAGUCUACUCUCAAUGAAGUUUGUUAUUGGAGCUCUGACUGGAAUGUGCAAUGAUGAAAUGCCAGACAGACAAGAGAGUCUUGCUAUCCUCCGUAACAGUCCUGACUUCACCCACCAUCUUCUCAGUGUAGGUGUGCAGAAACUACAGCAGAUCUCGGAUAAAGGGACACCGGAUGAAGCAGAGGAUGUAACGCAUAAGAAACUACUGGAGUAUGUUACAACAUUGGCCAGGAUUCUACUGAAGGAAUACACAAAUGUAACUGACAAUGCAGACUCGCACCUGAAUGCACUAAGUAAGCCUGCUCUGCUGCUCUGUGUGGAGGGACUGUAUUACGCAAUCAACAUUGUAAAAACACGCUUCACAGACAGUCUUCAGACAUUCCUCAUUAAACUAGACCCUGUGACUACACCAGAUAAGACCAAUGUUCUCUCAGAUGUAGAUACUAUACAUAGGUUCAUUAAGAAACUACAACGCAUGGUGAUGAGUGUGUUGACCAGUGAAGAUAGGCCAUCAAAGGAAGCCUCAAUGUUACUAGAAACUAUAGCAAAGCUGGGUAAAGCACUACCCUCAGUGAGUCCCCAACAUGAUCAACUCCUCACUUGGACUAGUAAUCUAUGCAAGGAGCAAACACCAGAUGACAAUGGUUUAAUCAAGGUGCUAGUCAGUCUGUUGAUUCAGUUGACAUCCAGACACAAAUGUUGCCUGUCUUUACUACGAGACAUUGGACGAGAUCUUCAUAGCCUGCUAGGGGAUAUUGAUCAGGAGAUAGAGCUGGAAGUAAGUGGUCAUUAUCGUGUUGUAACUGCCAAGAGUUGCACCACUGUAUUCCCACUUGUGCUACUCUCCCUAGACAAACAGCUGGAUAACACUGAAUGGGCAGUCAACCGAAUCAAGGCAGAGGCUUCGGCUUUAGAGUCACAAAAUCAAGACACAGACUUGACACAAUUAGAAACAUCACGUGAGACUGCGGAGAAGCAAAUAUGUGUGCGCCUUGGUCUAGUGAUCAAUGUAAUACAUGAACUUAUCCAGAGUGCAGUGCCUCCAGGACACAUUACAGACCAUCUUCUAAAGUGUAUCACCAAGCUGUACAAUACGAUAACACUGCUUGUAAAAUAUUAUAUAAGUCUCUACCACCAGAAAGUUGGUCACAUGCCUGGCAAGUUUGAGAGGUUGGUGAAAUGCUCUGGUACAUUGCUUACACAGUAUGUCUACUCGGUGAUCAUAUAUCUACAGCAAAGACAACCUGAGCCCAUGCAGCAGACAGGAGCUGUGAAAAAACUUGAGAAGAAAUCUGCCAAUGGACAAGGGGUCAAAGGAAAGAAUAAAGUUCUGAAAGAAUCCCGCCUGAUCCCCAAUGUCAUAUUUAGUAUAGAACAAUAUGAACGCUUCCUCAUUCAGCUUUCCAACAAGUCCAAGAUUAAUUUAAUGGAAAAUAUUAAAGUGAGUACAUCCCGUGAUUUCCGUAUCAACACUGCCAGCCUUCAGAUGGCUCUGUCUAAUCAGUCAGAUUCUGAUGACAGUGAAGGAAGCGGUGAUGAAAAUGAUGAAGAAAAUGAGAAAGACCAACAUCCCCCACCAAGCAAGAAACAAAAACUAAAAAUGGCCAAAAAGUAGUAAAGAAGUGUCUGUUUAGUGAUGAAACAGAAUCUCAAGAUAACUGGACAAAUGUAGGCACGAUUCAGUCUGAACUGCUAUAACUCUAAGCUCUUCCAUUCAGCUACUGUUUUCUAAAUCAGUACAUUCUGAUUUCUCAAUGAUUUCCCAAUUGGAUGAACGUUGAAAGUUUUUUUUCUUAUACUUGGGAAUUUUAAGAAAUCUAUUGAAAAUUAACCCUUUAAUUUGAUGACGAGUAGGUAUGGUAUGCUUUAGCGAAAACUUUGUACCUCUAACCCACUUAGGAGGAAAGUUAAAGCUGGUUAAAGUUACUGAAAUGCCCACAUUGUCAGUAGUUUUGACUUGAAA